UCUGUAUGGGGUUUGUACUCUAUGUACUUAAUGUACUCUAUGUAGACUAUACUCUAUGUACUCUAUGAACUCUAUGAACUCAAUCUGCUCGAUGUACUCGAUGUACCUGUUUCUUUUGAAAGAACUCAAUGAGCUGUAAAUAACGCAUUUGCAGUUGUUUUUUUUAUCCUCAGUGAAUUGUCCGACAGACCCACCAGAGGAUUAAAUGAGCUGUUUGGAGCAUGAUGCUAUCACCUGGUUCACAGAGUCCCAGCUCCAGUUGGUGAUCAGGAACGGCAAUAUCCCAAAAUGGUUUCAUGGGAUCAUUUCCAGGAAGGUGGCAGAGGAGCUGCUGGUGUCCAGGCCUCCGGGCUACUUCCUCAUCAGAGUCAGUGAGAGCAGGAUUGGCUACUCUCUCUCUUACCGUGCCGAAGACCGCUGCAAACAUUUCAUGAUCGAUGCAUCGGAGGACGGCCAUUACGUCAUCGUGGGGGAGAACAGGCGUCACCGCUGUCUGCAGGACAUGGUGGACUUUCACAAACGGACUCCUAUCCAGCCUUUCAGUGAGGUGCUGACUCUCCCUUGUGGACAGACCUUCGAUGACAAGACUGACUAUGCGGAGUUGCUGUUUCCCCAAAGACAUCCUAACCCAAACACUAGUUGGUUGCCAACCAACUCGCUGCAUGGCAGCGUAGGUCACCCAUCAUCACAAAAAGAAAGCCCCCCCGCCCUUCCUUAUCGACCAAAUAACUUGGACCAACUUUACCAUCUUUACCCUAAUUUGGAAGAAGAACAUCCUUUCUGCCCUCUCCCACCCCUGCUUGUGACCAGAAAGAGACUCACCGCCGACAACCCUCCGUCUAACCACCCUCCCCAGGUCCCGGCUCGGACCUCGGUUCCUCCACUGAAGCAGAACCAGGCGUGUAUCAGAACGGUCUCUGAGGGCCGCCCGACCCCUACAGCCGAGCAACCCCUCGGCGGCAACAACCAGCCUGCAAGGAACCAGGAGGCAAAGUCGUCAGUCGUCUCCAACCUGAAGAACCUCAGGAAGAAGUUCCAAAAGAAGAGAAGCAUGUCGCAGGAGUACGCUGAGAUUGACAUGGAGACGACUGAGAGGAGUGGAAACGCUGGCAAUGAGUACCAGUUCAUCACCGGGCAGCAGACCUCCAAUGCUCAGCCAUUUUCCUACACCUACACUAAUGUGACACUGACUGAUGGAGAGUUACCUUAUGAAUACCGUCCACCUCCACCUUUUGCUCCAGGCUUCUGAUACACUACCGCUCCCUUAGAAAUAUAUUGUAUACAGACGGAUAAAACGCUCAGUGGGUGCAGGACACAAGCGUCAUGCGCAAUAAAAAGGAGCUUGUAUCAGUCUUCGAGUACACCAUUAUAAAGGAUAAGGGUAGGGAAUGGUUAUCAAGGUUACACUGCUGUCCCCAUGUGACUGUAAUUAGUGGCAGUGACUUUUGAGUGCUUCCUCUUUCUUUCUUUCUUUUUUGCUAGUUUAUUCAACAGAGACAAUAGAUGAGCAUUGUUACAUAAAGAGAAGUAAUGCAAAUGUGCUCUACAUAAGCAACAGGUCACUAGCCUCUUCCCUGGCUUUUGAAUUCAGGUGCAAUGUUGUUGUUGUUUGCCCUUGUGGUAAUGUAAUGUGUGAAGAGGCAGCAGGAGGAAGUUUGACGCACGGCAUGUAAAUCAGAAAUGACAGAGUUUGUGUCAGUUGCUUUGAAUACAGGAGACGUAGCAUCAGGAAGAAACUGCAGACACGGGUUAAGCUGGUUCAGAAACAAACACAUGAGUUUCAUUUCACAUGGCCUCGGGACACGGAAAGGGGCCAAAAAUCAUUUAAUUUGUUGUGCAAAUGGAUUAGUCAGAUCCUUAUUAUUAUUAUUAUUAUUAUUAUUAUUACUGAACAUAUAUAAAGCAUCAAUAAUAUUUAUACAACUUGACAAUAUAUCCGUUCAAAGCGUCUAAUUUUGUUACAUG